AUGCAGCUCUUUACCGAAUCGCAGACGCACUUUGUGACCGUGUCCGAUGAUGGCCGUCUCAAGAUAUGGGACGUACUGAGUGGAUCGCUGCAGCAGGAGCUCAAGGAGCGUGAUCAUCUUAGUUAUCGCUUCACAUGUCUGGCUUGGACGCAGAGUGAUAGCAAGAGAAAUAAUAAGAAACGCAGCGGUGUCAGUGACUUGGGACUGUUGGCUUUAGGUACCAGCAAUGGCUCCAUCGUGGUGUGGGAUCUAGCGACUAGCGAAGUAAAGCACACGUUGCAAACAGAAGCCAGUCAUGGAGCUGGCGCAGUGCAGGCGCUAGCUUUUAAUCCACAAGGCAGCUUAUUGUACUCUAGCUCCAGUGAUAAGUACGUGCUUGAGUGGAGUCUCAGUACUGGUCAAGUAGAGCGCAAGUUUCGUUGUGGAUCGGGCGGUGCAUCGGCCCUUGCAGUCUCCGCAGACGGCGAGAUUCUGGCGGCGGGAGGCUCGGCGCUGCGAACGUUUGACUUGGCAUCCGGCAAGAGGAGCAGGAAGCUAGUCUCAGGGCUGUCAUCCGCUGUGACGCAGCUGAGAUACGCUGUGGUGGAAGACGGACUGGAGGCGUCCAGAUUUUUGUUUGCAGCGACGGCUGGUGCUCGUUUUGUCAACAUGUACGACUUGGCACUGACAGAGCACGAUGCACCGGCGCUCACGUUCAGUCUGCCGAGUAGCGCCGACGGUCUGUUUGCUAGCGCAUCAGUUGGCGAGACGGUGGCGACUAAGAAACGCAAGAAGCAGAAGAAGAAGAAGAACAACAAGACGGCCAAUUCUCACGUGGAUUUGCUGGUGGGAGUCACGGCACCUGCAGGAGCAAUGUUCCUUUGGGCCCACAAGUAUCAACAGGUAAGCGAUGCAUCCGAGCUUGCAUUGGCUUCUAAGCCGCUGCCACCUACGUUGUCGACAGCUGAAAGCGCCGGUAUCUUGCUGGCGGAACUAAGCACAGAGGAGAGCAAAGAUCCGAAAGCAGAAAUUCUGGUUGCGCGAGGAUCGCUCGUCAAGCCUGUGUUUGAAAAAGUAACACUUGUAGAGGAAAACGCGCCAAGUCAGUGGAAGAAGGAGCUGGAGUUUGCAGAGAUCAGUGACGCUCUGCUGCUUACGGCAGAGCGUGCUGAAGCAGCUACCAAGAACGGCAGCAAGCGACUAAAGGUUGAUGAUGUUGCUAACGAUGAGAAGACCCACGUGCCAACGCUGAGUGAACGUCGCGCUCUCGUCAACUCCAUGACUGUUGUGGAUGAAACCGCGGGAUUUGAGGAGCUAAACGGCGAGGCAGAUGAGGAGGAGAACGAACUGACUUUGGCUGAGCGUGUAGAGGCUCUGCGUGAGCGUGUCGAGGGUGAUGUGACUGCCGCUCUUAGCCGUGCGGAGCGUGAGGCGGAAACGCUAGAAGAUAAGGCUCGGAAAAACAAACCUGAUGCCUCUUCGCUUGCGAGUGUACUGGAACAGGCUCUGCAGGCGCGCGACAACGCUCUUCUAGAGUACUGCCUACGCCUGCGUGACGCUAAAAUUGUCGGGCGUACAGUAGCUCGUGUGUCAGCAUCUCGUGUGCUGGCUCUGCUGGAGGUGAUUGUUCGUAAAAUUGAACGGUCUCCAAAUCGCUUUUCACGCCUUUGCCCGUGGCUGCGUGCUAUUCUGCUGCACCACACGGCAUACCUGGUUGCUCAGCCUGAUCUUGUGUCUAGUCUAUCGGCUCUUUACCAGCUCCUGGAAACAAGAUUGCAGGUGCACGAGCAGAUGCAGAAGCUUUCUGGCCGCUUGGCACUUGUGCUGGGCCAGAUUCAUGUCAACACAAACGCGAAUACUGAGCAGGACGAUGAUGAGACUUGUGCUGCUGUGGUUUACAACGAGGGGGAAGAGAUGGUAAGUGACAAUGUUAAGGACAAUAACAGCAGCAGCCAAGAGGAGCAGGACGAAGACGAAAGUGGGGAUGACAACGUAGAGACUGAAGACGAGUGA